AUGCGGAGCUCCAUUCCAAGCUACUCGGAGCUGAUUGGUCCGCUGCGGAGCCUGUUGGACGUGGCGGCGAAGGCCGGGUGGGUCGAAGAAGACGGCGUUGGCGUGAAUCAAGUUGUCUGCCGUCGGGUGGGCUUCCGAACACGAUGCGUGUUUUGCAGCGGUCAAGGACACGUUGCGGCAAAUGACAAGAUCAUCUGCCUUUACAUCGAUGCCAGCGACACGCAUUGGGGUGCCGCCUGCACCCAGAUCCCGCCCGAAGACCUGGAGUUGCCCGUGGAACAACAACGGCACGAGCCGUUGGCGUUUUUGAGUGGUGGGUUUGACGGGGCAAGUGCCCGGUGGCCGACGGUGGAAAAGGAAGCGUUUGCGAUCGUCGAGUCGUGCAAGCCGCUAGCCGCGAAUGGCUGGAAAUAUGUACUUGUCGUCAAGGACGGCAUGAGUGGGUUUUGUCGUCUGUUCCCUUCGGCAACGGCCGACGCGGAAAGCACAGCAAACGCCCUGAUGGAUUGGUUUGCGACACAUGGCAUUGUGUCGACAUGGGUUUCCGAUGGCGGAACCCAUUUCAAGAACGUAGUCGUGGGCAAGAUCAAGAGAUGA